AUGUGGUACGGCAGAUCGCAGGAAGGAGUGCCGCAGUUACAGCAGCGACUAGUGUUGGAUGUUGUAUGGGUUGUACCAGGAGAUAUUCGCAAAUAUUAUUUGCAGGCAACACCGGAAAUACUUUCAUCCGGUAAAGAAAUCACAGUUCAUUUAUAUGGUAUGCCAAAUAUUACGAAUGCCGGUCUCUAUAACGUGGUAGCUUUCAUUCAAAGUGGACAAAUUAAAUUUUUAGAAACUGAAUUGGAGAAUGUUCUAAUAGCAGCUAAUGAUCUUCGAGUAACUUCAUUGGUAUCAUUAAUUUGUGAAGAAAUGACUGCACGCAUAUUAGAAAAUACAUCACCACCAAUUUCAUUACUUUACUCUGCUAUUGCUUGUCUAGCUCCACAAUCACAGUAUCGUAAUAUGGUUGUUGAUGGUGCAGCAAUAAAAUUUCAUGAUAUUCUGGCAAACCCAGAAUUUUUAAAAUUAUCAUUCGAAAUGCUUUAUGCGCUUAUUUCUUCACCAGUAUUACAAGGACCUGAAUGGGUAUCAGAAAUUUAUGAAGCGAUCAUAUUUUGGCUUCAAAAUAAUCCUGAACAUAUUUGUUAUGCGCCAGCUCUUUUGGAUAAUGUUAAUUUCAAGGAAAUUAUUCAUGUGGCUGAUAACGUUUAUCAUUUGACAUCACCACAAAAUCGCAAUCAAUCAUUAUCAUCGUCCAUCUAUACGGUGUCUGGUGCAGAAACUGCAAUUGCACCAGAUCCAUUAAGAGGAACAUUAGGAUUAGCAUCAUCACCUCUUGGAUCAUAUAUCAUUCCACCUUUUGAUUCGGUAUCAUCUGUAACAACCAGAAGUAUUAGUAAUGAAACAUCCGUAUCAGUUGACAAAAAUUGGCGUCCAGCUCAACAGCUUCCAAUAGGAUCUGGUAGUUCUCGUAAUCGAACAGCACGUAAUGAUCCGAUACUCACCUACUCAAAUGUUCCUAUUACUACUUCUGAUGCUGCUGCUAACGAUGAUACUGCUGGUGCUAUCGGUGGUGGUGCGGCUGGAAUUGAUACUACUGAUUGUGGUGUUAUCGAUGGUGAUACUAUUAGAGAUGGUGUCAUUACUGAUAGUACUAUUGGUAAUGGUGCUAUUGAUGGUACUGUUGGCGGUGGUGCUAUUGGUGGUGGUAGUGGUGAACAGGAAAGAUCAGGCGCCGCUAUCACAAGCUUUCCAACACUAGAAUCAGCUGAAAUUCGAACAAGUAGCAGUCAAGAAUCGGCAUCAAAUUUGAAACGACGACCUAAAUUUGAGCAAAUCCCAUUACGAACUGAACCACCAAAAAGUCGCAAAGAAUUACGUAAGGAACGACAGGCACGUGAAAAAACUGACACGAAGUGA